AUGGGUUUUAAGAAAGGAAAUGGAGAACUUGAAAAAGAUUAUUUUGAAAAUAUGAAUGAAGAUGAAUUAGAAGGCGCCAUUACAUCUGCAUUACAACAUGUUGAAGUCCCUCCUAUUCCUCGUCGUGUCAAAGUUUACGAAAUGGAGAAUGAUAACUGGGCAGAUUGUGGAACUGGUUACUGCAAUGGUUUAAUAGAAGAUUCACUUGCAUAUUUCGUUGUAUAUUCUGAAUCCGAUAACGAAACCAUACUUUUAAAGACACAAAUCGUUGCAGAAGAUAUAUAUACCCGUCAAGAAGAAACUCUAAUAGUAUGGCAAGAAUUAAAUGGCACAGAUCUUGCUCUCAGUUUCCAAGAAUCUAUCGGCUGCAUCGACAUGUGGAUGUUCCUCACAAAUGUUCAGAAAGCCAUUUGCUCAGUAACUGGAAAUUUUUCAAACGACGAUAUUUUAACAGAUGAUGGUACUGCACAUGAAAAGUACUUUCAAUCUGUUAGUUUACCCUCACCCGAGUUAUCGAAUCUUCCUGAAAUUGAGGAAACUGUUUUUGGCUUUAUGAAUUCCGUCCAAACCAGAGAUCAUCUUGUGCGCUAUUUAUCCAAUGAAGAUUAUGUCGCAAGACUUAUUGAACUCUUUCCGUUAUGCGAAGAUCUUGAAAACACAGAUGAUUUACAUCGAUUAUGCUCUAUUAUUAAAUGCUUUGUCCAACUAAAUGACGCUCCAUUACUUGAAUCCCUUGUUUCUAAUGAUGAAAAACUAAUGACCAUUGCUGGAAUCUUGGAAUAUGAUCCCGAGUUUCCUAAUAUUAAGGCGAACCAUCGCGAGUAUUUGACUGAUACCUCUAAAUUCAAACAAGUCGUUCCUAUUCGAGAACCCCGUAUCCUUUCUAAGAUCCACCAGACUUUUAAACUGCAAUAUAUAAGAGAUGUCAUAGUAUCAAGGAUUGUUGACGAGCCCUCCUUUUCCGUUUUAAAUUCUUUUAUUUUCUUCAACCAAGCAGAUAUAAUCCAAUACCUCCAAACUAAUAAGUGCUUUUUGCUUGAACUCUUUAGUAUAUAUACAAAUGAUGCCCAUGAUGAUGAGAAAAAACAAGAAGGAAUCUUUUUUAUACAGCAGGUCUGUAAUAUCGCAAAGAGCUUACAAUUCCAAUCCUGUUCAGCGUUAUUCGUGACUUUUGUGAAGUAUAAUUUACUUCAGGCUCUGGAAUACGCGAUGUCAAGUCCGAAAAAUAAAGUACGAAAUGCUGGAUCUGAUGUUUUAGUUUCCAUUAUCGAUCAGGACCCUGCGAUUAUAUGGCAAAAAUUUGAUCAAGAUCGUAAGGAUGACUCAACUUCAUCUUCUUCUGCACGAAUUUCACAACAUUCUUUAUUAUCUACUUUGAUAAACAUACUCCACAAGGAAACAAACCCAGGAGUCCUUGCUCAAAUUGCAGAAGCAUUUCGUAUUUUGCUAAGUCUUCCUGGGAACUACGCAUUCAGUAAUCCUUAUCGAAAUGCUGAUGGAGCAAGUCGAAGUAAAGCUGAUAGUAUUGUCGGUCUUAACUUCAUUGAUAAUUUUUACGAUAAUUCAUUUGCAUACUUAGCUGACCCACUUUUAAAACUUACAAAGCCUGAGGAUGUUAGUGAAACCAAGCUGGAUCUAUAUGUGCUUUUAUGUGAGCUUUUCAGUUACUUUUUUAAAAUCCACGAGCAAUGGACCCGGCAGUUGGGUACCUAUAAAGUGAUAGCAUCUAAAAUCGCCUUUUUGCUUACCAGCAAUAAAAAAUAUGUUGUUUUAAGCGCUCUUCGGUUUUUCCGUUCAUGUCUAGCAGCCCGCCAAGCUGAUAUGUCUUCUAUCAUGUUGGAGCAUGAUAUCUUUGGUAAAAUUUUGGAGCUAAUGAUUCAGGUAAAGUUUGAAAGGGGUCUGCUUAAUUCAGCAACUCUUGAGUUUUUUGAAUAUAUACGAUCUGACGGCUCGGAAGCGAUCCUUAAUCAUUUGAACAAGCAAUAUCAUGCUCAAUUGGAAUCUCUAUCAGAUUUCAGUACGUUUUCUGAAUUACUGCAACUGGUAGAUAAUUUAAGUUCCGGUUCUGAAAGCUUUAAGAGCGUUAGUACGCAUGAUCCUACUGAUUUAGACUUUGAAAAUACAAGAAAAAAUGAAAAUGGGGAAACAUUACCACCUGAAAAGCCAUCUGCUCGGAAAGUUAAUACCGUCAAGUCUUCCGACGACAAAGAUGAUACUGAGAAUAAACUGGAUGUUCCCAACUUUUCAAAUGAUUCGCCAGACAGUAGUCGCCAGUCUAUUCUUGAAGAUCGUUACUUCUUGGAGUCCGCUAUGCUUAAUACAGAAUCUAAUAAUACUUCAGAGGUUAGCUUAAACCGCCUUCAAAAUUCCAAGAGGAAAUCCGAGUUAAACUUGGAAAACAUUGGAGAGGACGAAGAAUCUCCAAAAAAGAGGGUUGCUUAUGAAAAUGAAAACAUUGAAGGAUCAUAA